CCUCAUUUUACCUUUUUGUCUCAACCUCUCAUGUAUGUGGGGGUCUCUCACCCUUUUGUGUAUGUGGGCUUCCUGUAUGUAUGCAGUUAAAUUUGAUUUUCUCCUAUUAAUUUGUCUCAGUUUAAUUCUUAGACCAGCCAGAAGAACCUAGGAGGUAAAGGAAAAUUCCUUCCUUCCACACAGUUGGAGUGGUCAGCAGGAUAAAGUUCUCUGGAUGGACUCUGCUGCCUCUGAGGCUGCUGUAGCUGAGAGAUCUUGGGACAUCUGGCAAGCGCUGGCAGGCUCCUGGAUCUCUGCCUGCUGCAGGGUCUUUUGGAAGUAACAGUGAUUUACUAAAAGUGAAACAAAUUCGUGCGAUCUCUCUUAUAAAAUUUGGCAGCAAAAAAUUGAUGGCUGACUUUGUCUAAUGUCUCAUGAAGUUCUGAUAUAAGGGAAUUAUUUUUCCUCCUAAGACAAGUAUGACUACAGCAGUUGAAAUGCCUCUUAUUAAAGACCUGAUUGCUUGUACCAUAGGCCUAAUGUUGGGAGCCCACCUGCCUCAAUACCUCCUGAAAUUGGACACUAUUGUUUAGUUGGACUGACCUGUUGUCUAAACUGAGAGUCUGGUUCAAUGCGAUGGAGCAAUCUACCAAUCCAACUUCUGGAAUGGGAAGCUUCUCAUGAAGUUUCAAAGGCAGGACUGAAGAGGUUCAGAACAGGCUUUCCCAGGAUGUGCCACUUUGGCAUGUAAAAUAUUUUGACCUAAUGGCAAUCAAGACCCUGCAGGCUCAAGAAACUUUUACCUCUCCUUUCAAGAAUUUAAAUUGGGGCUUUGCCCAAAUUAAGAGUUAUUACCAGAAAUAACUUUUUAUGACCUAUUUGUAUGGCAGGGCAAACCUCUAAUUACUGAACAUCUGCUCUUAUCCUCCUGUGAAUUACCCUUCUCUCCUCAGAAGCCUCAGGCCCCUAUCCCAUUCCUUAGGUCAAGAUGGCAUAUAUGCCUCAUUUUACCUUUUUGUCUCAACCUCUCAUGUAUGUGGGGUUCCCAUGCAUAUGCAAUUAAACUUGACUUUGUCCCAUUAAUUUGUCUCAAUUUAAUUCUUAGGCCAGCCAGAAGAACCUAGGCCAGAGGAAAAUUUCUUCCUCCCCCACACCACCUUAUUAUCAAUGUUAAACUCCUACAUUUCUUCCCACUUACAACUUCAUCUCUCACCCAUUCAUAGCCAAAAUUCUGAUUUUCUUUUUACAAAAAAAGAGAAGAAAAAAAUCCCCAUAUUAAAGUUUUUACAAAAAGAGAGUCCUUAACUGAUAGGUUUUAUUUGAUGUCUAAGCUGCUGUAGUAGUUAAAAAUUGUGUUUAACUUCAUAUAACUUAAAACAACAGUGACUUAAACAAGACAUUUAUUUCUUAAGUGAAAGAAUUCCAGAGGUUGGCCAAUCUAGUGCUGGUGUGAGGAGUCUACAGUCCUCGGGGACCUAGACCUGUUCUCUCUUUCAGAUCCUGUAUUUGUGUGCGUGACUUCCUCCUUGCUGUCACCUCAUAGGUCAACACAGGUGCAGAGUCAUUUUGGCUCUAGCCGUCUAUCUGUAAUGUCAGCACUAGGCCUGGGGAAAGGCUAGAGGACAAAAAUACCUCCCUCUAGCUAAGCAAACUCUCUUUGCCCACACAGCUUUCCUCAAUCCCCUUAUAAUAGUUCUAUAUACAUCUUUUAGCCAGACUUUGGCCACCUGGCCACAUCUCCCUACAAGGGGGGAGCUGGGAAAUGUCUCUUAGUGAGGCCUAUUGCUGCCCCUAAAUAAAAUCAGCAUUCUGUUAUUAAGGAAGAAAAGGGAACUGGAUAUGGGGUGGCAUCCAGCAAUGUGUGCCACAGCUGCUAAUCAAUAGCAUCUCCCUUGAAGAUGUGGGGGGAUCCACUGGAGUAGAAGCUCCACCGUAUCCCCAACACCGUCACCCUGCCUGUAGGUGGUAGGACCUCAGUAAAUGGUGGGUGAACAAUGGAAUUGAUAUGACUUUGUGAUGAUAAAUUCAUCAUGAUUAUUUCUCACCUGACAGGUAAAUGGAGAAUACAUGAUGCACUUGAAUUGUGGAAUAGUUAAUGAAUAGUGGAAUAGUUAGUUAUUAACAAGCUGCAGGGAAAUGGCCAAACCCUAAGUGUUCCUAUUUAGACUCCGAAGUUGUCCUAAAUUUUGACACUUCCUGUAGCCUUGCUCACUUUGCUCCCUCUGUGUACAUGAGAGCUGGCUAGAAAGGCAGAAUGCAGGCUCCAGUCCAAAUCUAUUGAAUCAGAACCUACAUUUUAAACAACAGGCCUGCCUAAUUCCAAUGUGCACUGGAGUUUGGGAAGCACUGCUUCAUCGUGCUUUUUAAAAAAAUACUACAAGAAACUACAGAACUAAAGAAAUACUUCUGUAAAUUGUUUUCCAGUACUCGCAUUAAGGGGCGUGUGUGUGUGUGUGUGUGUGUGAGAGAGAGAGAUACCACUUCUUGUUUUCCAGUACUCGCAUUAAGGUGUGUGUGUGUGUGUGUGUGUGUGUGAGAGAGAUACCACUUCUUCCCACCAGUUGGUUGGGAUAAUGAUUUCAGCCUGCAGGGAAUAUUAAAAAACAAAGUCUACUAGGUGAUGCUUCCAAUAGUUAUUCUUUGCAGACAACUGAACUGAGGAGGGAAACGUCAAAUUGUGGUAUUUGUCUUAAGGUUUUAAUUACUAAAAGUAACUCUUACAUGGUAUUGUAGGGGGUGGGGUGGAGACUUCUGUGUCCUUCACAGUGGCCCAAUAUAUACUCUCCCUGUCCACCCUGGGUUCUAGCUGGCUUCCCCAGACCUGAUGGGUGAAAGACUGGCAGCUCAAAACUGGCAGAAUAGUUUGCAGGCGUUCCCUCAGGUGAUCCCAAUGUACUCUUUGCCCCCACCAACCGCUUAACCCCAUUGUCGUGGAAGUCAAGCAAUUAAUUGCCUAGCAGGAAUUGCCACUAAAUGCAAUCACUCUCUCUGACUCAGUUGUGAGUGUUAUUUAUCAGGUUGAGAGGUUUCAGCCCACAAGCUGGAACUUUUGAUGCAGGAAUAAAAACUGGAUUCUGGGUCUCAUUUUAUCAAGUCUCUGGAUAAAUGGCGGGACAGGAGAGUUUUGCACAUUUUGGCAUAGCUCAACAAAAUAAUUACUACUGGUACUGGCAAAGUCUCUCCUCUGCUGUUAGGGUGAAGCCCGAGUUCCAGCCCUCCCAAGGUUACCCUUUGGGCCACUGGUCUGAGCACCAGCACAGCUGUUGCUCCCUUCCUGACUACAGCAGUGGCUGCGCAGUGGUUGGAAGUGGACACAGCUGCCUCUCUGUGUGUGCGACCUCUGGACACCCAGCUGAAACUCUGGUCACCCAAGAGGAAACCACAUCUCUGGCUGAAAACCGAGAUGAAGACCCAAUAGCAGAUCCAAAUCUUCAUUUGAAUAUUGAGGUUAAAGAGUUUAUGAUGAAAAGUGAAGAACUCUACGACUCUCUCAUGAAUUGCCACUGGCAGCCUUCAGAUACAGUUCACUCUAAAAUCCCAGAUGAGUCCUCAAAGAAGCAAGAUGUUGGUUAAGCUACCCAACUAUCAUAUUAAUUGUAUCCUGUUUUGUUUCUGUUUUUGCAAAAAAAAAAUUCUCCCAGGAAUAUACUGGAUUCUGUAUGUAAAUACAAAUUUCUAGGACUUAAAUGUGAUUGAUGUGAUAGAAGGUAAUGUAAAUAAACUUUGCCAGCACAUCCA